AUGUUCAAAAAAUUGUUUGUACUCCUGCUGAUUACCGCUCUCUUUCACAGUGCCCUGUCCAAUGUCUUGAAAAUGAGACACAAGAGGAUGUCGGAGGGGAUCCAUGAGUCCGCGAAAGAUGAGUGUCCUGCCGAAUGUGCAAAAAUUGCUUGCGGAGAAAGGAAGGGGUGCGUGUUCACGUUUGGGAAGAAAAGCUGCAGUACCGUUUUUUGUAAGUAA